GCCGUGCGCAGGAGGCCUGAGCCAAGCCCCGCCCCCGAGCCGCCCCUUCCGCUCGCGCCGGGGUGAGGUCUGCGGGGCUGCCGGGAUCCGCUCGGACGCGGCCACGUUGUCCUGAGCCUUGUGAGCGCCUGGCUCUGCGAGUCCAACCGGCGGCGCCCGACCAGCUGCCCCCUCGCAUAGCCGCUGGGCUAGGUGGGGUCGCAAUAUCCCCACGCUCCCUCGGCGGGCGCAGCGGCGCCGGGUUCCAGCGCGCGGGCGCGUCUGGGAUCAGGGCCGGGGAGGAGCCGCCCUCCGGCAGCCGGGCUCGCCUCCCGGCGCCGCCCAGAAGCAGCGAACGGGAGGGAGCGCGGUACAGCUGGGCUCCGCGCAGGGCUGGGCGCCGGGGCCCAUGCCCGUGCGCCCCUGCGGGCCCGCGCCAUGGCCUCCGGGAGCGUGGCCGAGUGCUUACAGCAGGAGACCACCUGCCCCGUGUGCCUGCAGUACUUUGUCGAGCCCAUGAUGCUCGACUGCGGCCACAACAUCUGUUGCGCCUGCCUCGCCCGCUGCUGGGGCGCGGCGGAGACCAAUGUGUCGUGCCCCCAGUGCCGGGAGACCUUCCCGCAGCGGCACAUGCGGCCCAACCGGCACCUGGCCAACGUGACCCAGCUGGUGAAGCAGUUGCGCACCGAGCGGCCGUCGGGGCCCGGAGGCGAGAUGGGCGUGUGCGAGAAACACCGCGAGCCCCUGAAGUUGUACUGCGAGGAGGACCAGAUGCCCAUCUGCGUGGUGUGCGACCGCUCCCGCGAGCACCGCGGCCACAGCGUGCUGCCGCUCGAGGAGGCGGUGGAGGGCUUCAAGGAGCAAAUCCAGAACCAGCUGGACCACCUAAAAAGAGUGAAAGACCUAAAGAAGAGGCGUCGGGCACAGGGGGAACAGGCACGAGCUGAGCUCUUGAGCCUGACCCAGAUGGAGAGGGAGAAGAUCGUUUGGGAGUUUGAGCAGCUGUAUCACUCCUUGAAGGAGCAUGAGUAUCGCCUCCUGGCCCGUCUCGAGGAGCUAGACUUGGCCAUCUACAACAGUAUCAAUGGUGCCAUCACUCAGUUCUCUUGCAACAUCUCCCACCUCAGCAACCUGAUCGCCCAGCUGGAAGAGAAGCAGCAGCAGCCCACCAGGGAGCUCCUGCAGGACAUCGGAGACACGCUGAACAGGGCUGAAAGAAUCAGGAUCCCUGAACCCUGGAUCACACCUCCAGAUCUGCAAGAGAAAAUCCACAUUUUUGCCCAGAAGUGUCUGUUCUUGACUGAGAGUCUAAAGCAGUUCACAGAAAAAAUGCAGUCAGAUAUGGAGAAAAUCCAAGAAUUGAGAGAGGCCCAGUUAUACUCAGUGGAUGUGACUCUGGAUCCAGACACGGCCUACCCCAGCCUGAUCCUCUCUGAUAACCUGCGGCAAGUGCGGUACAGUUACCUCCAGCAGGACCUGCCUGACAACCCUGAGCGGUUCAAUCUGUUUCCCUGUGUCUUGGGCUCUCCAUGCUUCAUCGCUGGGAGACAUUAUUGGGAGGUAGAGGUGGGAGAUAAAGCCAAGUGGACCAUAGGUGUCUGUGAAGACUCAGUGUGCAGAAAAGGCGGAGUAACCUCGGCCCCCCAGAAUGGAUUCUGGGCAGUGUCCUUGUGGUAUGGGAAAGAGUACUGGGCUCUUACCUCCCCAAUGACUGCCCUCCCCCUGCGGACCCCUCUCCAACGGGUGGGGAUUUUUUUGGACUAUGAUGCUGGCGAGGUCUCCUUCUACAAUGUGACAGAGAGGUGUCACACCUUUACUUUCUCUCAUGCUACCUUCUGUGGGCCUGUCCGGCCCUACUUCAGUCUGAGUUACUCGGGAGGGAAGAGCGCAGCUCCUCUGAUCAUCUGCCCCAUGAGUGGGAUCGAUGGGUUUUCUGGCCAUGUUGGGAAUCAUGGUCAUUCCAUGGAGACCUCCCCUUGAGGAGGUGAACGCAGGCCAAAAGAGCCAUUGACCAUACUCCUACCCCAGGCAUAAGGCAUCUUGUUGCCUUGACACUUCCUGCCCAUCACAGCUGGAUGUCCUUACCACUUUCCGAGCCCUGCAGUGCAAGACAGGAUGUCCAUGUUCUCUGCCAUCCCCUCCCUUCCCACGAAAUUGUGAGAUGUAAUGAGAAGUAUUAAGAUUGCCCGGAAAUAAAAACCACAUGUCCACCUCCAGAGUUCCACACUUCUUGGUCUUACACAUUACUGGAGGGGAUAAAGAAUAUGGAUAAUCUUGGGUUCGGAGAGCCAUUCAAGAUAUUUUACACCUUGGCUCAGCCCCACAUAGUGAUCAUGGGUAUUUGCUGUCAUUUCUGAACUAGGGCUUCUUUCUAAGAACCUAGAGCUGGACUAGAAAGUCCUGUCAGCAUGGCUCCCUUUUGUCCCAGUUUUUCCUCCUGGGAAUAGUACCUCUACCCCUGAUUCCCAAUUGGCCGUAGUUUUAUUUAUUAACUCCAUUAAAGAGGUCUAUAUGUGUUUUGAUUAGUUACUGUUAUUUUACAAUAAUGGUGGGAAAUGGUCCCACCUCUGUUAUGAGAUAAUGUUCUAAUCAAUGUGCUCUUUUCUGUCUUUUUGAGGGCUUUGUCAGCUCCCUUCAUUCUAAUGAAAAGUCUAUCCAGGUGCUGGAUGCACGUCAUCCAGGAUAAUUUUCUGCCCAGCACCAUCCAUUGUUCCUACAUCCCCUCCCACUCACAUUUGUGGACUGAUGGUCAGUCAUACACUAUCCCUGGAAGGAUUCCGGGGCAGUAUGCCAGGGAUUCAUUGACUUUUGUCUCCUUUUCUCCCAUCUCCUUUGAGGGAUGGGGGGAUUUACCUUUCUAAUAUGUGUACCAUUAAGGGGCACUUCCAUCCCCAUGGCCAUUGGAUCACGAGGUGUUCUGAGGUCAGAAGACCAAGGCAGAUCACUUUGAGCAAAAGCUCCCACAGUGGCUCUGAGUCCUGCUUCUCUUUGGGUACAUGCUCCUCUGUUUGAAAAUAAAGUGAGUAUGGAUGUUGUUUACA